GGUCCACCUGGUCCACCGGGCAACCCUGGUCCACCUGGUGUUACCGGAAAGCCGGGUCCAUCGGGUCCAAAAGGCGAAAGAGGAUUACCUGGUUUUGAUGGUGAAUCGCGAAUUGGAAUCAAAGGUGAACCUGGAGUACCUGGCAUUCAGGGCAGAACUGGUCCUGUAGGACCACCUGGGCCACCUGGAUUAAAGGGAGAGCCUGGACCACCAGGACAACGUGGAUCACCAGGCCUUACGCCAAAAUAUGUAGAGAAAAAUUCAGAACCGGUAAUCGGUCCACCGGGCAAACCAGGAGCGCCUGGAAUACGAGGUCCACCAGGACCUCCAGGUGCUCCGGGAGCUAAAGGUGAUUCAGGAUUUCCUGGCAAAGAUGGUGCUGAAGGAAAAAUAGGAAGAACUGGCAAUCCGGGUCAACGAGGAAUACCGGGUGAAAAAGGCGAAAGAGGUGAAAAAGGAGAAAUUGGUAUGCAAGGAUUACCUGGUCCUCCUGGUGUUGUCACAGCAACAUCAGCAAGGACAACACAAGUUGUUGCUGGACCACCGGGUCCACCAGGACGAGAUGGACGAAAGGGUGAAAAAGGAGAAAAGGGCGAUACGGGUAGCCGAGGUGCAAUAGGUCCACCGGGACAAACAGGUGCCAAAGGUGAUAUUGGUAAACGUGGCAAAAAAGGUAAAGAUGGUUUAAAUGUGACUGUGGAAAAAUUGAUUGAAAAAUUAUUACCAAUGGUGCAACGACAAGCACGAAUUGGUGGUUUACCAGGAUCACCGGGUCCGGUUGGACCACGGGGUCCAAAAGGUGAUGAGGGAUCACGUGGUGAACGUGGACCACAAGGUUUACCGGGUCAUGCUGGUACAAAAGGUGAACGUGGUGAAAUUGGACCACCCGGUUUAAUUGGUCCACCAGGAUUACCAGGACCUUCCGGCACUAUAAUUGAAGCAACCGCUUCAUCGUCAUCAUCAAUUACGGUUCCAGGACCACCCGGACCUCGAGGUAGUCCCGGUUUACCUGGACCACCAGGUAUGAAGGGUGAAAAAGGAGAGCAAGGAUUAGCUGGUGUUCCUGGAUCACUUGGUUUACCUGGACCACCAGGACCAAUGGGAAUAAGAGGAUCACCAGGAAUGGAAGGCAAACAGGUGAGGAAAAAAAAUUUAGUUUAA